CAGUGAAUAUAUGCGGGGCCUUGCGCUGCAAGACUGCAUGCGCGUUGUUGCAGAAGAUCGACGGCAGAUGUUUCUCCAAAAGUAUUUGCUUUUGAAGCACUUUGCUGUUGGUAUGGAGUAAUUUUACCAUCUGAUUACCUAUGUUUCAUUUUAAAGAAGAAGCAUGUUGUUUUUCUGAGAAUUAUGCAUGAAUACAGCGACAGUUUUCCAGACACAAACUUCUGCGUGGUGGUGGUUGUGUCCAUUGACCAGUUGCGAUAUUUGUGAUGCCUCUUCCUCAUUCCUCGCACUCACUGUCAUACUACUCUGACGCCUGGAAUGGAAUAUGCAACUGCUUGUCGAUCUAGCUUUUAUUUUUUCUUAGUUGUUGAAUGCAUCUGACACCAUUUUGUUCAUGGUCGUGAAGAUACGGUCUGUCACUUUUUAUCCAUCUCAUAUACCAUCACCUAAACUAAGGAGCAAACUGAUGUAAGAUGAACCAGAAGAAAGGCAGAGAACCUCCCAAGGUGACGGGGUUGUCACCCAAGGAGGGUCCCCCAGGAACCAAGGUCAUCAUCAGGGGCGAGAACCUCGGGAUCAAUGCCAAAGACUUGUACGGCUUAACCAUCUGUGGAGUGAACUGUGUCCUACUGGCUGAAUGGAUCUCCCCAAGCAAGAUCAUAUGUCGCACUACCAACUGCAAGGGAAUGGGCGAUGUCGUCGUCACCACCAAGUCCGGUGGUGAGGGAACGUGUACGGUCAAGUUCCGUGGGGUGCAGUUCUUGCCAACUGCUUUACAGCCAUGUCCGAUCUGGAUGGACGAGUCCUCCAUCUUUGAGCGUCACCUGACCACCAUUCACCGAUCCUCGUCCCCCUUGCAGGGUGGUCGUGAAGAUCCCUUGGGAUUGGCUGUAGAGAGCACGUCGGUGCUGUCGGAUGAAGAACUCAACUCCAUGUUCCCAAUGGGGAGCAGCAAUCUUGCCCACAAAAACUUUGAACCAGUGUGGUUUUUGAUUGAAAACCACAGUUCCACCAGUUUUGAUGACCUCAAGAGAGGUCUGAGCCAUGUCCAGAAACAGUCGUCCAGUCUUAAGACAGAGGGGCCACAGACAUUCAUCAAGUCUAACCUGGGAACUUUCAUGAACUGCCAGGAUAUAUUAGCAGGCUUUGCUAACAGUCUUCCCAGUCGUGAGCGUCGCUUACGUAGCUGGAAACCACGCUCUAAUACCGAGGUCUGGAUCAAUACCUUACAAACCCCUGAUGAUUCCAAGGCCAUUCAUGACAGCCUCGUGAGGCAUGAACCUCUUGGGGUGCCCCUACCUGAUCUUUCCGAGGAAGACGAGGAGGAAGAAGAGGGGACUACGAGAGGUUACACCUUGGAGAAGCUUGAGGAGUCUCUCAUACAAUGCAACGAGAACGCGCAGCGAAUUUUUAAGAGCGUUCUCCACCGCAAGGAUCGUGCAGAUUCCACGCGCAACGCCCUCAACGUGCUGAACCGGUUCAAGUUCCUCUUCCACCUGCCCAUCACAAUUGAGCGCAACAUCAAGAAGGGAGAUUACGAGGUUGUUAUCAAUGACUACGAGAGAGCACGGCAGUUGUUUGCAGAUACAGAGGUCUCUGUCUUCAAGAAAGUGUAUGAAGAAGUGGAGAAACGCAUCGUGGACCUGAGAGUUCAACUCAAGGAGAAACUGAUGGAGUUACCUUCAACCCUGGAUGAUCAAAAGAAACUCAUCAGAUAUUUGGUGGAGUUAGAGGCCCCUGGCGACCCCGCCUGGGAGUGUAUCGUCAAUCAGCAACAGUGGCUCCUCAAGUUGCUGCAGAAAUGCAAGGAUGACCAUCUCCAACUGGACCAGCAGAACAACCCAGAACCCACAAGUGUGACUUUACGGGCCAAGGUGCACCACUCCAGAAAUAGAUCAGGCUCUUUCAAUCAAAUGAAAUUCAACGCUGGCGAUUCUGCAGAGGGGAAGUACAGCCCUCCACAGCGUGUGCUUCUGUUAGAGGAGCUGGUGGAUAUCUUGCAGCUCACCCUGCCAGACCUGGGCAAGUUGGGACACUCCUACUUCUCUGCGUCUAUCGUGGCAGAGGCAGGAGGGAAAGAUAUGAUUAUUGACAGAUCCAAAGAGAAAAACUUCAGACAAAUGGUGACUGAGGUGACGGUGCUGUUUGCAAACCUUGUCCGUGCCGCCUUCCUCCCUGACUCUCUGAUCAAGCUACGCAAGGAAGAAAGAGCCAAGUAUGGAUUCUGGUCAGACACCAAGCAAGAGGGAGCGGCAGGGGCGUGGCUGCCCCCCUGCGUCAGGAGUGUCAGGUCUGUUCUUGGUUCACUUGCUGCCCUGGACGUACCUUCCUCAGCCCUGGAUCAUGUCCACUCAUUAGUGGCUGAUCUGAGGGUCCAUUGUAUGGAGACGCUCUUCAUCGAAGCUAAGGAAGAUAUCAGAGGCCUCCACAGCAGAGAGACCUGGGUGCUUCAGAUGGACGAUCACGGAGGUAUUACCUCAUUGCCAAUGUUGUUUGAGAGCAUGGUGGUGGACGUGGUGCAGCAUCUCCAAGAAGUUGUCAGUGUGGCCAAAAUGGGCGAGAAAGACAUUUUUAGUGAUUAUGACGUCCAGCGCAAAACAGUGACUCUAACCUCCGAUAUCUUGAAGGCCUUUGCUGGCUGCUUGGAGCAGUUAGCGUUCAUGGGAGACACAGAAGCUGACACACAACGUCUGAGAUUAUCUGAAGCCCAAAUGAGAAUCCCUGAGUCUUUGUUCCAGUCAUCUGAAGACAGCCUGCCCUCUGUGGAGCAAUGCCUGGUGAUUGUCUUAAGCAACUGCAACCAUGUGUCUCAGUUUGUCAUCCCCAAUCUUGUGGAACAGUUCAAGAAACAAGGCUACCCCUGCAUGCUGGAAAUGGAACGGAAUGCCCAAGAAGCUUACAUUGAGUUGGACGAGAAGAUUUUUGAGGCAUACUGUGAGCAGAAGACGGAUCCGUUGGUUGGAGCCUUGGAGCCUGGCAUGUAUGCCGGUCACUUUGAUUGGGCAGAUUGCCCCAAACCAACAGGUGUGCGACCCUACAUCAAGGAGGCGGUGAUGUCUGCGGUGGGGAUUCACGCCGAGGUGCACGCCAUCGCGCCCGCCUUCAUGCCCCGCGUCAUGGCCAGGGUGCUGGAGGCCAUCUCGGAUGAAAUGGCGCGGCUGAUGGGAUGCAUCGACCAGUUCAGGCAGCAUGGUGCACUGCAUGCCAGGCUAGAGCUAGCGGCAAUAGAGGAAGCACUGACAGCAUACAGGAAUGCAGGAACAAGCGAUGCCUUCGAGGAGGCACACGAUGGCAUACCACCGUUGGAAGGAGAAAGUAAACGAUUGUUUCAAGAUCAUCUGAGCACAUUCAGGAACGAGAUGAGGUUUCAGCUGUCUUGCUUCACCACGGACUCCAUGGAUUCCGACUCCUACUAUUAAUUCUGUCAAUCAGGAAUCCGAGCGAUAUCUCUGGCUAGUGUUUCCCACCUCCAGGUCCUUUGCUGACGAUAGCCCAGGCUAUUUACAAGUGAUAUUUAAAUCUGUUCGGGGUUGUUAUCAUAGCUUUGUAAUGUGGAACUGGAAGAUUGAAGCAUUUAACAUUUAGAGCUGCUUCAGGACAAACUAAGAAUUCUGUAAUUGUAUGUUACAGUAUAAUACUCAUGCAUAAACACAGAUAAUUUUUCCAUUUAAAUCAAAGAAUGUUGGGAUUUCAAGCCUAGUGGUUGCAAUUUGUAACUUUGGAUCAGUGGGUGAGGGUUCGAGUCCUGUUAUGGGGCAAGUCACUUUACUCUAACUGGCUUCUCUCCACCCAGGAGUACAAGUGGGUGCCUGUUCUGUUUGUUUGAACCAGACCUCACCCGAAAUGUUUGCAUGGGACCUGGAUGUUUUGUCUUACACAUGUGUCACUAGCACUAGCGACUACUUUUGGAAGUUCAUGUAUAAGGUUUUAUUAACAUUCUUGUACUUAAGGAAAAGCAGCUGUAGUUAUUUUGGCAAGAAUGCUUGAAAGGCAUCUGUAGUGAUGGUCCUUUGGUGGAAACUCACAACGUAUGCAGUUUUAUGUGCAUCUUCCAAGGGAUGCACCUGGACAUCUGUGGCUGAUUCCUGUUGUUACCAUAGAUAGCAUAUGGUUGGAAUGCACAGUGUCCUCAUCAUAAUGUGCAUCGGGUGCCCAGAUGAAACAAUUCCCACCAACCCAUGUUUUCUUUGCCAGUGGGUGGAGGGGCUUGGCUUGGCGUCAGAGUAGAUAACAUACUGUACCACUGGUCACAGUUUGUUCAAACUUUUGGAAGUCCUGUCGUCAGGAAUUUGUUCCCUUCCCCAUUCUGACUCCCAUUUCAUCCCAAAGAAAAGAGUGGCCUCUACAAAUGAGAAAUAUCACAGGACUUGCAUGUACAGGCAGAGUUGCUGCUGCAAAUAAUUAUUACAGAUUUAGUACAGGGUGUAGCUGGGUUACACUUUGAGGGGCCCUCUUUGAGGGGUUCUUGGGGGCCCUCUUUCUGGGCAAGUGGUCACGGAGAUGCUGUCAGUUUGUUUGGGCGUCAGUAAAAUGAAUUUAUUGAAAUAAAAGGAAACAAAAAUAACAAAUCAGUGCAAUGUAAAAGAAUUUAUACCAUUACCUUGCAAUUAAAUGUAGGUUAAUAAAGUGGUAUGUAAACCAAGACAUUUUCACUUAUUGUUUAAUUACAAAAAUGAAGACUAAUUGACUAAUUCUUGUAAUUAUCACCUCUUUAUUACUUGCCACAUUCACUGUACACAUCGGUGGAUAGUUUAAUCACAGAUUUUUAUUCAUUACAAUGUAAGCAAUUUUUAAGAGGCAUGCUGUCAUUGUUGAAAAGGGUACAAAAAAGCUAGUUUAGAAAGCUAUUAACAGCACAAAGUGAACAAACCACGGAGGUUGUGAAUUUUCAACUUUAAAUCCCUUGGAAUGUGGUGUCUCCACAAAUCCCUGUUGAUUUACGUUUUAUUUUCAUUCAAUAGUGGUGCAACAGGGUAAGUCUUAGACGAGUUGUCCUUGAAAUGAUAGAAGGGCGGCGGCACCUUUGCCUUCCAUCUGUGUGACCUGGGUUUGAAUCACACCCAGGCCAAAGUGUGGAUUGGAUGUUCAGACCCUACUGGACACCUUGAUGGAAAUAACAAUUCAGGUCGAUUUUCAGUGUUGAAAUGUUUUUAAGUAUAUAAUGCAAUGCAGUGGGUAUCAAAUGUCCCUGACAAGAUCUUUAACGAUCAGCUGAACACUGGGCUAUGGGUUGGAUGCCACAAUAGACUUUCUACAGUUCUGCAGUAUUUUAAAUACCCACUUCGGACCCAAAAUGAGCUCUGGCUCAAAUGGUAAAAUAUCAAUGUAUUACUAAUUUUUGCAGAAAUAAUCAAGUACAUGAAUUGAUCAAAUUUGCCUUCAUCACCACGGCAACCUUUUUUUACAAUGCAGCUUAGUAUUUACAAAUUUAUGACAAUCUGAACUGAUACUAGAGUCUUGACACAUCACCCAAUUUUGCUGAGGUUUUCUCUUUGGAUACAUAAAAAAUUACAAUGUUACAUCCAACAGACUGAUCCACUUAGCACUGCCAAUUGGGCAACGGACAUGCUUUUCUCCAGUGAUACAUGUACAAUGCAUGUUGCAGCUGCGCACAUCUUGCAUGCAUGCAUGUCAGUAUUUUGUGCAGGCAUGUCAGACACAAAUCACAGCUGUAACUGGUCGAAAAAUCAUGGGAUGAAACAAUGGAUUGGUCUAUUGUGAGGAGAAUCAAGAUACCAACAGUGAGACAACAGAUAGCAUUCUUAGCAGGUUGCUGCUCCUGGUCAUUUUAAAACAGAAGUAAAUUCAACUAGAUAUGGGUAAACAUAAAAAAACAACAUUAUGAAAUUUGUUAUGUUUGCAAUCCUCCCAAAGAGUAAUUCGGUCUCUACUCAGAACAAAAAUAAUGCUUGUACCUAAAAUGGAAACGUUAGCCCCAAACCUUCCAAGCAUUUUUCUCCAGGAUGUUUUCUGCCCCUGCAAAAAUCUGGGAAACCAAUGGCACGUUCUUUAAGCUUGAACAAAACUUUGGGAUUACCUAUCCAUUAAAAAAUGAAAAACAUAAAAUGACAAGGCAAUAUUUUACAGGAAUAACCUGAUUCAGAGAAAUUUCACGACAAAAAUACAGAUCAGCUGGGGAAAAAAAAUUGAUGGUGACUACAAAGACAGAAAUGAUAAAAUGCAAAGUUAAAAUUCUUCACGAAGCUUGAAAUGGAUGGUUCAUGUGUACAGCAGGUUAUCUAGGAAGAAAAUGAAUGCCCCCACAAAGAGUAAAAUUUACCGAAGCUUACUUUGAACCUUUGGCUUCAGACCAUGUCCUUGAUUAAUAAGCUGUUAGGAAGGAAAAAGAAAUUUAUCGGAAUACAAGAACUUUCUUCCCUUCAUACUUUCUUGUCGGAAUGUUGGCUAAUGAUUAUAUAGACUGAACAGCAAACCUCAAGCAAAGUAGGUUUCUUG